GCAGUGGGGGCCUACCGACCAUACCGUAGUCCAAUCUUUGGUUCAGAGAUCUUUCCGCGGGGGCUUCUUGGGGUGGUCUGCUCGGGGAUACGGAAGCUGAAACCGUAGAUUAGAACGAGCGGCGCAAGGAUUCGGUUCUUUACGGCUUCCAUUCGGUCUCGCGAGGAUGAUGGCGCGACUCUCGCGAUAAGUGGGUGCGGGCGGAGAAGAGGGAGAUCCGAGCAGCGGCGGCAACUGCAAGCGGGCGGCGAGGAAAAAGGCAGCCAUGGAAGAUCUGGGGGAGAACACCACCGUCUUAUCCACCCUGAGGUCCUUAAACAACUUCAUUUCCCAGCGAGUGGAGGGAGAGUCUGGCCUGGAUAUAGAUACCUCUGCCCCGAGUUCUCUGCAAAUGCAGUACCAGCAGAGCAUGCAGUUGGAGGAAAGAGCCGAGCAGAUUCGCUCAAAGUCCUACCUCAUCCAGGUGGAGCGAGAGAAGAUGCAGAUGGAGUUGAGUCACAAGCGGGCACGCGUGGAGCUGGAGAAGGCAGCCAGCACCAGUGCCAGGAACUAUGAGCGCGAGGUUGACCGUAACCAAGAGCUCCUGGCACGCAUCCGGCAUCUUCAGGAGCGGGAGGCUGAGGCGGAGGAGAAGAUGCGGGAGCAGCUAGAGCGCCACAGGCUGUGCAAGCAGAGCCUGGACACUGCCAGCCAGCAGCUGCGAGAGCAGGAGGACAGCUUGGCCACAGCCAGCGAGACGAUCAGCACAUUGAAGGGACGAGUCUCAGAGAUUCAGUGGAGCUUGAUGGAUCAGGAAGUGCAGGUGAAGCGGCUGGAGUCUGAGAAGCAGGAGCUCCAGGAGCAGCUUGACCUGCAGCACAGAAAAUGGCAGGAAGCAAAUCAGAAAAUUCAGGAGCUCCAAGCCAGCCAAGAAGCCAGAGAAGACCAGGAACAGAAGAUUAAGGACUUGGAGCAGAAACUGUGCCUGCAGGAGCAGGACGCUGCUGUCGUGAGGAGCAUGAAGUCUGAGCUGCUGCGGCUGCCCAGGGUGGAGCGGGAGCUGAAGCAGCUGCGGGAGGAGAAUGCCCACCUGCGGGAGAUGAGGGACACCAACGGGGUGCUCACAGAGGAGCUGGAAGGGCUGCAGCGGCGGCUGGGCCGGCAGGAGAAGAUACAGGAAGCUUUGAUUGGCCUGGAGCUGGAGAAGGAGAGGCUGCUGGCAAAGCUGCAGUGCUGGGAGAUGCUGGACCAGACCACAGGUUUGAAUCUCAGGACCCCGGAAGACCUUUCCAGAUUCAUUGUUGAGCUGCAGCAGCGAGAGCUGGCCCUGAAGGAGAAGAAUAAUGCCAUCACCAACAGUGCCCGGGGGCUGGAGAAGGCCCAACAGCAGCUGCAGGAGGAGGUGCGGCAGAUCAGUGGCCAGCUCCUGGAGGAGAGGAAGAAGCGGGAGAACCACGAGGCACUCGCCCGAAGGCUACAGAAGCGUGUCUUGCUGCUAACCAAGGAGCGGGACGGCAUGCGUGCCAUCCUGGGGUCCUAUGACAGCGAGCUUACCCAGGCUGAGUACUCGCCCCAGCUGACACGCCGCAUGCGGGAGGCAGAGGACAUGGUGCAGAAGGUGCAUGCCCACAGCUCGGAGAUGGAGGCUCAGCUGUCACAGGCCCUGGAGGAGCUGGGAGUCCAAAAGCAGAGAGCUGACAUGACCACUGACCUGGGGCAGAUACCUCUUCCCAAGUCUCAGCCUUCAGCAGCCACAGAAACUGAUUCCCCUCUCCAUGUGCACAAGCACAGCCCUCUGAGGGACACGCUGCUGCCAGGCCUCCAGGCUCCCCUAGGACCGUGGCUGCCAGCCCUUUUCCCUGUGUGCUUGAUUCGUUUGGAGCAGGCACUGCUGCUGGAGAUGGAGCUGAAAAUACUGAAGUCUCAGCCAAACUCUGCCGAGCCAAGCUUCCCAUUCUGCAGAGAGGAGGUAGACACGCUCAGGUUGAAGGUCGAGGAGCUGGAGGGGGAGCGGAGCCGCCUGGAGCAAGAAAAGAACAUGCUGGAGAUGCAGCUGGAGCGGCGUACUCUGCAGGGUGACUAUGAUCAGAGCAGAACCAAAGUGUUGCACAUGAGCCUCAACCCCACCAGCCUGGCCAAGCAGCGCCUUCGUGAGGAGCGGGACCGGUUGCAGGAGGAGUGCGAGCGGCUGCGAGGACUCGUGCGUGCCCUGGAGAGAGGAGGCCCUGUCCCUACUGAGCUGGAGGCCACCACUGGCCUGCCCUCAACCAAGGAGGUGUCAGAGCUUCGGAAGCAGGUGGAAAGUGCUGAGCUGAAGAACCAGCGGCUCAAAGAAGUGUUCCAGACCAAGAUCCAGGAGUUCCGCAAGGUCUGCUACACUCUGACAGGCUACCAGAUUGACAUCACCACUGAAAGCCAGUACAGGCUGACCUCACAGUAUGCUGAGCACAAGACUGACUGCCUCAUCUUCAAGGCCAUGGGACCCUCUGGCUCCAAGAUGCAGCUGCUGGAGACAGAGUUCUCCCGCUCAGUGCCAGAGCUCAUUGAGCUGCACCUGCUGCGCCAAGACAGCAUCCCAGCCUUCCUCAGCGCGCUCACCCUGGAGCUCUUCAGCCACCAGACCACCGCCUAGCUGCCACUGUGACCCAGCCCUCAGUGUCCUGGAAUCUGCCAAAGGCCGGUCAGGCAGCAGUGUGGUGUGAUCACCAUACGCAGCCAGUUGGGCCUCACCGGAGGGCACCCCUGCCCUACCCGCCCGCACAUCCUGACUGACCCAGCCCUGCACCAUACACUUGUGACUGUGGGAGGACAGUACCCGCCAUGGGGGCCUCACCCCCUGUCCUGCUUUGGAGUCAGCCCCUGAGGCUCCCCCUCCCCAGGCCCCACCCCCACUGCCCUGCUCACACACUGCACUGCUCAGACUUAGUCCCCCGGGAGCCGGUGCAUUCCCCACGUCCUCAAUUCAUGAAAUAA